AUGUCUGAAAGUACUAGCCCUAGUGUGUUAAGUUAUCUAAGACAGUAUCGGUUUCAAAGGAAACCUACUCCUGGAUCAAGUGGAACCUUAACAGUAACAUCGGCUCCAUCCAGUAAUCAACAACAAAUAAGAAUGCCAGCUCCGACUACAGCUAUAAGGAACGCACCGAUUGUUUACAAAAGGAUCAGGAUCCAAGACUCGGAUUCUGAUGAUAACGCAUCUCCAGCUAAGAAACCGGUGAUGGAGUUGACGACAGCUGUUAAGGAGAGAAGGUUCCGGAACAUGCUAGAAAUGUUCCCGGACAUAUCUCCUUUGUUUGUUAAAAAUACCCUAGUUAAACAUGGCUGGAAUGAAGAGAGAUCCAGGGAUGAACUACUUAAGCAUGACCCUGAGAGUGAUGACAAGGCAUCCCCUUCCACAUUCUUUGCAUCUCGGCCUGGGUUCUCUGGUCAAAUACACAGGCCUAACGGGAUGGGUGUCGUUAGGGUCACCAGUGGACCUAGUGUGGUGGUCCGCAAAACCCUAGCAGGCAAGGGAGGAAGAGCCAGAAGGGGCAGCAGUGGGAGUGAAGAUGAGGACUACGGGGUUCGGAAAGGAAAAGAUGAUAGAGUUUAUGAUAGUGAUGAUUCAGACAACGAAGUGACAGACGAUCUCAUCGGAGACAAGCGGAAAGUAUUUGAGUUUCUGAACACAAGCAGCAUGAACGAGCUUUCUCUGCUCAGUGGAUGUUCUCAAAAGAAAGCCGAGGCUAUCAUAGCUCAGAGACCCUUCAAGGGAUGGGUUGAUAUGGUGGAAAAGUUCAACAACAACAAAAUGCUAAGCACAGAUCUAUUGAACUCGACUCAAGAACUGCUGUGUACGCGGAACAACAUACAACGUCUGAUGAAAAAGUGUGUUGGGCUGGCUCAACAGUUGGAGGCUGCGGUGGCUGCCGGGGCCGGACGGCUUAAACAACCUACUUCCCUGGACGCGAGCUUAAAACUAGCACCGUACCAAUUAGUCGGUCUAAACUGGCUAGCGGUACUCCACAAGCAAGGCGUCUCUGGCAUACUCGCAGAUGAGAUGGGUCUCGGCAAGACAGUUCAAGUGAUUGCCUUUCUAGCUCAUUUGAAAGAGACUGGGCAAGCUAGAGGGACACACUUAGUUGUAGUACCGGCUUCUACGCUGGAUAACUGGAGUAGCGAACUAGCUCGUUGGUGUCCAUCGCUUCAUGUCAGCAAGUACUAUGGUAACCCGGAAGAGAGGAGACAGCUCCGUAUUGAAUAUUCAAGAGGAUUGGAUCAGAUUGACAUUGUUCUUACCACAUAUACAAUGGUGAGCAGUUGUCCCGAAGAACGUAAAAUGUUCCGUAUCACUCCAAUGCAUUACGUUAUAUAUGACGAAGCUCAUAUGUUGAAGAAUAUGUCGACUCAGAGAUACGACAACUUGUUAAAAAUAAAAUCCAAACACCGCCUGCUGCUGACUGGAACACCGUUACAAAACAAUUUAGUUGAACUGAUGUCAUUACUCUGCUUCGUGAUGCCACACAUGUUCUCCGGCAAAACUGAUGACUUGAAGAACUUGUUCCAGAAAAAUGCUAAAGCAAAAACCACAAAGAAAACAAACGGUAACACAAAUGACGAGGAGAUACCAGCCUUUGAACAGAGUCAGAUAACUCAAGCCAAGCGGAUCAUGAAGCCAUUUGUACUGAGGAGAUUGAAGAGAGAAGUGCUUCAAGACUUGCCUAAGAAAACUAACCAUACGGAACUAUGUCCCAUGUCGGAGAAACAGCAGAGACAGUACAAGGAGCUCAUUGCUGGAUUCUCAGCAAAGGAUGGCACGAUCCACGCCACAACAGAACAAAGCGGUAUAUCAAUGAUGAUGGAUAUGCGCAAAUUAGCCAAUCAUCCGCUGCUCUUACGUUUCCACUAUGAUGCCAACGUAACUCGUAAGAUAGCGGCAAAACUAGCAAGAGAUCCUAAUUAUAAGGAGAAAAACGAGCAAUAUGUGUUCGAAGACCUUAUGUGCCUGUCUGACUUCCAGACACAUCAGCUCACUCAGCAGUAUUCUUGUAUAAGAUCAUUCGCAGUACCGGAUCAACUAAUAGAAGAUUCCGGCAAGUUCCUAAAACUAGACGAGAUGUUGCCCAAACUUAAAGAUGAGGGUCACCGAGUACUGAUCUUCAGUCAGUUCACCAUGAUGCUGGACAUCAUCGAGCCUUACCUCCGGCUUAGGAACCAUCGCUACCUGAGACUGGAUGGUAGCACCGCUGUUAACGACAGACAAGAAUUAAUAGAUCAGUACAACUCUGAAGAUAUUUUCGUGUUCCUAUUGUCUACGAAGGCUGGCGGUCUGGGAAUAAAUCUAACUGCAGCGGAUACAGUAAUCAUUCAUGAUAUUGAUUUCAACCCUUACAAUGACAAGCAAGCUGAGGACAGAUGUCACAGAAUGGGUCAGACUCGUCCGGUCACAAUCUACCGCUUACUGAGUGCUGGAACUAUUGAGGAGGGAAUAUAUCAAGUAGCUCAAGAGAAGCUAAACUUAGAAAAACAUGUUACCGGAGCUGACGAAAAUGAUGGAACAGAACAGAAGAACGUAGUCCGUCUCCUGUCAGCGGCCUUGGGUUUGACAACACCAAACAAAUGAUUGCUGGCCAACGACGGAGUUAUCGUCAUUGACUAGUAAAGUGACAUUAAUAGCCGAACGAUGACUUAACAGAGCUAUGAAACUUGAAGUAUAGUGAAUUGUGCUUAAAUUAUAUAAGUGAUAGUGUACAAAGUGGAUUAUAUUUGUAUUCGGUCGUUAGAACUUCAAGAUACAUGCGUUUGUGUGAUUAAACAACUGUAUUAUUCAAACUAUUUAUGUACAAUGAUUUACAUGUUAAUUUAUGUGGGUCGUUUAUUUUUGUCUUUUAUAUGAAUAGAUUUGCAUUUAUUGUGGGCUCGAUAUAGUCUGUAUGUAUAAAUGUAGUUUAAUAAUUUCCUUUUAUAUAUUAGUUGAUUUAGCUGAAUAAAGAAUCGGAUUUAAGUUAGUA